AUGUCUAAUCGUCGUUCAAGCAAUCAGAAGGGUGGAGAUUUCCAACCUCUCGAAACCGACUCAGGUGUUCCACAAGAUUUGAAUAAUGUCAGUACCACAUCAACGGAGCCUGCAAACCGCUGUACACGUUAUGCUCCUCCCAGCCUUUUCGUCACCAAACCAGGAGGCCCGUUUCAUCUUCAUGUACAAAAAUUUAUCGAAGGAAGUGGACACAUGGUCAAAAAGCUUCGUAUUUCUCUUCAGGAGUUAGCUGUUGCUAAAAGAGAAGGACAUCAUACUGCAUCGACCGCGACGACAGAAACGUCGCCUGGAGAAAUAUUGACAGCGCAGUUUUCUGGACAAAGUCUCGAAGAUUUUCAGUCCGUUGACAAUGAAGAAGCUAGAAAAGAAUUUGAACUCGAAGUGAAGAAAGCACUUUCGCAAAGUUCGUCCGCUCGCGACGACUAUGAGAGACUUUUAAAGGAGCGAAUCCAAAAAAUGAGACGUAUUCUUUAUCUCUAUCACACUGAUUUUGAUACAUCGAACUUGAAAGUUGAAGAUGCGGAAAGACAUUGGUCCACAGAGAAGUUGACUAAAGAUGAACAAAAAUCUAGGUUCACAAAAUGGGAUGCGACAAUGGCGGAAGUCUUGGCUGAGUUGACAGAAACUGAGUGGUUGUCUUUGAAAAGAGGAGGAUUCACCGGUGUUUCAGGCAAUGAGUUUGAUUACUGUCUGAUUCAAAGUAAGCUAAUCGAACUUGAAAUGGAGAAAAAAUUGACGGGAAAUCGAGAAAAUAGAUGUGUUGAGAAUUACUCAUUAAUCGAAAUUUUGGAGAGAAAAGAUAAUGAUGUUGGAAGAUUUUUCCCCAAGGGACGCUUCGAUUCAAAAACUAACAAAGUUCAUCGAAUUCCUCAAAAGGUCUGGUCUCCAUUCCGCAACUUAUUGAAAAGACAUGCAAUCAAUUACAAAAAUAUCGAUGAAGAUUUCAAGAAUGCGCUGCACGAUAAUUAUACUCUGCCGAAGGGAAAGUUGUAUUGUCGCCUUUUGCUGAAUAUCGCAAGUCUUAUCACUUUUAACGAUGUUAAUAAGAGCUGGUGCUGUGCUAAAAUGGAUCAAAAUGAGUUUGAGAAUGCUGUAUUCAAAGGAGUUCCAUUCAAUAGUGAUGGAUUGUCAUUCAAAUUUCCACCAAAAACAGUCUCUGUGCAACCACUCAACCUCUGA